AUGGCUUCUGAAACCCGCGGCUCAGACAAGUGCAUGGUCCAUCAAUUCUCCUGCCAUAAAAGUGGACUAUGCAUAAGCAAGCAUCAGGUCUGCGAUGGUACCUUCGAUUGCGGAUCUGGCGAUGACUCUGACGAGGCUGAGUGUCCAGGCUGUCCAACUGACAAAUUUACCUGCGGCUCCACAUUCCAGCGUCCUGGCGUCUGUAAGCCACGGUACGUCCGCUGCGAUGGUCACGAUGACUGCGGUGAUGGCAGUGAUGAGCAUGGAUGCGGUGAGCCUUAUUAA